CGUUAGAUGUCGCUAAUAGUAGUCUAUUUAUUUUCAAUGAAACUUUCCGUUCUAUAUUGAGUAUUUAAUAAUGAUUUAAUAAUUAUUAAAUUAUUUAAUUAUAGUGAUAUUUUUUUAGUCAUAUAUAAGAAAUGCCACGAUUACCAUUACAUCCUUCAUCUGGAACUGGUAUUUCUAAUUUAUGGCCUAAAACAAUACGAUGUGUUCGUUACGGAUGUGCCAAUAGACCUUUCUUUCAUAUUGUUGUUAUGAAUACUAAACAUAGGCAACAUAAACCUCCAAUAGAACAAUUAGGCACAUAUGAUCCCUUGCCAAAUAAGUAUAAUGAAAAAAUAGUUGCUUUCAAUUUUGAACGUAUACAAUAUUGGUUGGGACAAAAUGUUACAGUAUCAAAACCAGUAGCAAUACUUUUAGGACUUGCAGGUUUUUUUCCAAUACAUCCAAAAACAUAUUUGAUAUCAUGGAGGAAGCGAAGAGCUAUUGAAGAAGCAAAAGCAAAUGAAACAUUAGAAUCAGGAACAAAAAUAGAAGCUGUAGACUAACAUCUUUCAGCUAUUUUAUAUUAUAUAUUUAAUUUGUAAACAAUGUAAGCAUUUAAAUAAAGUUAUUAUAUAAAAUAA